AUGAAUCGCGUAAAACAAAUAAAUCAGAGUCGAACCGCGCUGAAGAUCCAAUUGACCACUAUCGAAAAUUUGAUCGCGGAAGAUAGAGUUAGUAAAGUCAAUUUAAGACUGCGGCUGAAGCGUGCUACGGACCUCUUUCACGCUUAUGAGGAGGCCCAUAAUGAGCUCGAAUUAUUGAAACCGGACGAAUACUCGAAUGAAUUAAUAGAAAUUCAAAAUCGAUAUUACGCGAUUGCAACGCAUUGCGAGGAGGAAGCGCCGGCGGCAACAUCGGCGGUAAACUUAAACGCGACUUCGAUUCCGGUCGACAAUAACACGCGUAGACUUAAGUUACCAGUCGCGGAGCUACCUAAAUUCGACGGCAGUCUGGAAAAAUGGUUAACAUUCAAAAACACUUUUAACACAAUGAUCGACGCACGCGAAGAUAUUACCGAUUUGCAAAAAUUUAUAUAUUUGAGAGAUUCGUUACAAGACGAGGCACUGAAGAAAAUCUCGAUUUUCAGCGUGAGCGAAAAAGGUUACCGGGACGCAUGGAAUUUGCUCGACAAAUCAUAUAACAAAAAACGAAUUUUGAGAGCGAGACAUCUCGAUGCCAUUCUCGCGUUGAUGCCGAGUGCGCGCAAGGACGACUCGCGUCGGCCGUCGGAUACGGCGUCAUCGAGCGAGACCACCGCUAAAGAAUUAAUGAAAUUAGUAGACGAUAUGCGACAACAUAUGAAUAUGCUCGAGUCAUUAGACGUAACUCUUGAUCCAUAUCUUCCGGUUCGCAUAAUGGAACGCGCAUUACCGUCCAGUAUUGUCACGGAAUGGGAAAGAACCCUCAAUUUCGAAGAUUCACCCAAAUUUGAUCAAAUAUGCGAGUUCAUAACGGGAGAAGCGUUUCGAAUGGCCGCGCGAGAAACGAGCCCAUCCUCAUCAAAUGUCGAACCGAACAAUAAAAGAUCGCAUUCCAAGAAAGAACCGGCUGCGGUUAAGAUACGCAAAAACGAUUCCGGCGCGCGCGCUUUUGUCACCAACGCGUCCACCAAAUGUCCGGCGUGCAAAAAGGACGAUCACCCGUUGUAUCGAUGUUCCGAAUUCACAAGGUUAUCAAUUCAGCUACCGAAAAUCGCCGACAACAUACCGAGCAGUACGUUUCCGCGCAAAGUAAUCCAUAUACCCACAAAUAUUAAAUUAGCCGACCCGCAGUUUCACCUACCACGACCAGUAGAUAUGAUAAUAGGAUCCGGGGCUACCUUAUCAUUAUUAUCAAUAGGGCAGAUUAAUCUGUCGCGCGACAAUGGUGAUUUAUUAUUACAAAAGACUCAACUCGGAUGGGUCGUCGUCGGUGGACUAACAUCGAACGACGGAAGAAUCGUAGCCUCAUGUCAGCUAACGAAAUUGCAUGAACAAAUCGCAAAAUUCUGGUUAAUCGAGGAUACGACAUCGGAGCGACCGAAAAUUUCAGACGCGUCGGAAUGUGAACAACAUUUCAUACAGAAUACGACACGCGACGAGUCCGGCAGAUACGUUGUGCGAUUACCAUUCCGUCAUAAAGAGUACGAUUUCGGAAAUUCACGCUCAAUCGCAUUGCGUCGCUUCCACGGGUUACAAAAACGACUAGAAGCCAAUCCGAUACUCAAGCAGGAAUAUACGCGAGUAUUAGACGAAUAUGUUAGUCUCGGACAUAUGUCUUUAAUUCCGAAUGACUCUGGAAACGGAUAUUACCUUCCCCACCACGCGGUCGUGAAAACGACGAGCGCCACGACGAAGGUGAGAGUAGUUUUCGACGCGUCAGCCAAAACGGAUAGGGGCGCAUCUCUAAAUAGCUUUUUAAUGGUCGGUCCUACAGUACAAGAUAAACUAUUUGAACAUUUGUCGCGGUUUCGUACGCAUCGAUACGUAAUAACAGCCGACAUUGAAAAAAUGUAUCGGCAAAUUUGGAUACAUCCGGACGAUCGACAAUAUCAGAAAAUUUUCUGGAUACACAACAACAAAAUUACCACCUUCCAACUCAACACGGUCACGUUCGGAAUAUCCUCCGCUCCAUUCCUCGCUAUCCGGUCAAUUCAACAACUCGCGAUCGAUGAAAGAGAGACAUUUCCAGUCGCCGCGGAAAUCUUACGCCGAGAUCUAUACGUAGACGAUCUGUUAACGGGGGCCAACGACUUAGAAAUGCUCAAACGAAUACGCGACGAAAUUAUAUCGAUAUUGAGGCGCGGCGGUUUCAAUAUACGUCAGUGGGCAUCGAACCACCCACAAGCGCUGGAAGGCUUGAACGAACGAACAAUAGACGUAGAAUUUCUUACGAAGGAAGAUCCGAUCCUAAAAACUCUCGGAAUUUCGUGGAACGCGCGCCGCGACGAAUUUUUAUACAACGUCAAGCACAUUAAACCUAUCUCGCGGGUGUCUAAGCGGCAUAUACUAUCGGAAAUCGCUAAAAUAUUCGAUCCGUUAGGGCUGCUCGGGCCCAUCAUUCUCGCGUCAAAAAUGUUAAUGCAGGAAUGUUGGAAGGCGCAAAUCUCGUGGGAUGAAUCUGUACCCACCGUUUUGCAUUCGUCAUGGCUGUCAUUUACAGAACAGCUAAAUAUGAUCGACGGACUAACUAUUCCGCGUCAAUUAAUAAUUAAUAAUCCCAAAAACGUGCAGGUACACGGUUUUUGCGACGCUAGCAAGAUAGGAUACGGCGCCUGCUUAUACGUACGGUCCUGCGACGAACAGGGCAACACCCUCGUGCGGUUAUGGUGCUCUAAGACACGCGUGGCCCCCCUUAAAGAAACAACAAUUCCGCGACUUGAAUUGUGCGGGGCCUUAACACUCGCAAGAUUGUUUAAGGAAGUGUCGAAUUCAUGGAAUUCGUGCCCGAACAAAAUUACUUUUUGGUGCGAUUCUAUGAUUGUACUUCAUUGGCUAAAGAAGGCCCCCGCGACACUUAAGGUAUUUGAAGCGAAUCGAGUGGGGGAAAUUCAAAAGAUAACAGACGGUCUCGAGUGGCGGCAUAUAAAAUCCGAACAUAAUCCGGCGGACGCGUUGUCGCGAAGUCAGUUCCCGCGGGAGUUCUUAAAAAAUGAAUCGUGGUUCGACGGCCCCGCGUGGCUAAGCCGGCCCGAAGAGAAUUGGCCAGAGUCAAUUGAAAUCCCCAUUAAAGAUCUGCCCGGGUUAAAAAAGGCCGUUUGUCUACUAUCCUCAAAACUCGAAACAAGAUACAUAUACGACGGAUUUUCCUCCUAUACGCGAUUAACUCGCGCCAUUGCGUAUUGCUUACGAAUGUUACCGUCAAACCGAAAUAAAGGCGCGCUUACGAUACAAGAGGUAUGCGAGGCGGAGGUCCGAAUACUAAAACUGAUACAGAAUGAACAAUUCGCGAAUGAGAUUACUAGAAUUUCAAAUUCACAAGACGUAAAGGGCUCAAAAUUAGCAUCGUUAAGUCCAAUACUAGAUCAAUCAGGUUUACUUCGCGUGGGUGGCAGGCUGCGAAAUGCCGCCAUUCCCAUUUCGCAAAAACACCCGAUAUUAUUACCGUCACAUCAUCACGUAACUGAUCUAAUUAUUAAAAACGUUCACGAAAAAAAUUAUCACGCCGGCAUCCAAACGACACUUUAUGCAGUACGUUAUCGCUUUUGGUUAUUAGACGGAAAGAAUCAGAUACGAAAGAUAGUGAGACAAUGCGUACGCUGCAUUAGAUUCCGCGCGUCACCUGUUGAGUAUAAAAUGGCCGACUUACCAAAAUCAAGAUUGAACGAAUCGAUCGCAUUUAAUCAUACGGGACUCGAUUUCUUCGGACCAAUGUUCGUAAAGGAGAAAAAGCAACGGAACAGAGGCCGAGUCAAAGUAUACGGAUGCGUUUUCAUUUGUAUGUCAUCAAAAGCCGUUCAUAUCGAGAUCGUUAGCGACCUGUCCACGGAAGCAUUUCUAGCGGCAUUAAAACGGUUCAUGGGACGUAGAGCCAUCCCAGCACACAUAUAUUCGGACAAUGGCACAAAUUUCAUAGGUGCUAAUAAUCAAUUACGCGAAUGGUACGCCCUAUAUGAAUCAGCCGAAUUUAAGACUCAAAUAAACGAAUUUGCGACUACAAACAAAAUUUCUUGGCACUUUAACCCUCCCCUCUCUCCCCAUUUCGGGGGCAUUUGGGAGGCUGCAGUCAAGUCAUUUAAGCAUCACUUCAAACGAGUGAUAGGAGACCGCUUAUUCACAUAUGAAGAACUCAAUACGCUAGCCAUUGAAAUCGAAGCCAUACUGAACUCACGGCCUUUGUGCCCUAUAUCUACCGACCCUAAUGACCCCCUGGCUUUAACGCCUGCACACCUUUUAGUGGGGCGACCGCUCACGAUGCUACCUGAAAAUAAUUACUUAUAUGUUCCAGAGAAUCGCCUUACUUCCUGGCGACUGAUAUCCAAGGCCCGACAAGACUUUUGGCGCAAAUGGCACGUCGAAUAUCUGACGGAAUUACAACGACGACAAAAAUGGACCAAGUCCAAUACCGAACUGAAACGUGACUCGAUUGUCAUAAUUAUCGACAAAAAUUUACCGUGCAUGCGGUGGCAGCUUGGGCGGAUUGUGGAGCUACAUCCUGGAGACGACGGGCUGGUCAGAGUAGCCAGCGUCAAGACUUCUCAAGGAAUCUUCAAGCGAAACACGAAAUUAUUGUGCCCUUUAACAACCGAUUCGUAG